GGGCUUUGUCGUUGUACUGUUACUUUAGCAGCCCUGCUGAGUGUCUGUUACUGUUGCGUAGGAGAAUCAAGAACGGCUUAAACUCGGAGGAGCUUGUCUUACAUAAACACCACUUGUAUAAAACAGUAUCAAAAAAAUGCUUUCAGUCACUCUGGACAACAGCGGGUCUCCAAAGAAGCGGACUUUAUCACGUACCGAGGAUGAAUCACUCCGUAGCAUCAUAAAGGAGGCUGAGAGCUCAUCCAGGCGUCUGACACGAAGCGACAGUCGACCAGGGACCUUGAAGAGAAGGCCUGACAGCCAGCAUUCAGACCAGGACCUCUCAAUAGGGCUCUCAGAUAUGCUGGAGCUGCAAGCCAGCUACGACGAGGCGGUGCACGAGUUGCGUGGGCUGGAGGUGGAGCGCGAAGCUCUGUUGUUCCAGGUGGACGUCCUGCAGGACACACUGGAGGGUGUGGAGGAGCUGCUGGCCGAGACCCAGAGGGAGGCUGGGCAGGCUAAUGUGGAGUUGGAGCGAGAGCAGGAGGCCAAGAGGAAGCUGGAGCGUUUGGUCCACUCUCUAUUACAGGAAGUGGAGACAUUAAAAGAGGAAAAAAAUAUCCGUUUGCAUGUAUCGGCGGACACAAGUGAAGUGGACGUAACGAGACGAGGACGUGAAAUGAACGAACCCGCCAAGAACGCCCCACUAUCUAAUUUUUCCAGAGAAGCGAUUGCUGCGUCUGAGGACGUGCGCCCGACGAAGGGAGACGACGGGGGCGUCGUGACCAAAGUGAAGUGGGUGGCCAACAACGCCCCCUCCCUCGCACUUGACCCGCUCCGUGAGGACGGGGUGCACCGGAGGCCUUACGAAAGCCAACGAGACGCAUCCCCGGACAAGAGCGACUCGGAUACCGCAAGCACGUACGAGGACGCGUCUGCGGAGACUCCUGAGCAGGACGACGACCCUUUGGAGUUGCCGCAUGACUCGGCAAGUAAAGAUGACGUCGACUCCCAGGAGCCCCAAACCGGUGAUAACUGCAUUCUGUCUUAAUUUAUUUGGAAACCGCACAUCGUUUUUCAAAGCUGCCAGUCUCAAGAUGGCUCACAAGCUGAUUCUUUGUUGCCAAUACUAUCUUUUCGACGUGUCUUCUUUUUGAUACUCUUUCAAGAAAUGUUAGCCGCUGCCUGGA